AUGAAGAGUGUUCUUUCCAUCAGCUUCUUCUUUUGUUGCUUCCUGCUGCUCUUGGAUUCUUCAAUUUCACUCCCUCUGUGUGUUGAUUCCAGAGCACCCUUGACCCUGAACCAGACACUUGAGUUUUGUCCCUACAAUGGAAGCUCAUGUUGCAACUCCACAGAAGAUGCACAGAUAGAGAAGCAAUUCCAAGUGAACAACGUAUCUGAUCCUGCCUGUGCCUCAGUUUUGAAAUCAAUACUCUGUGCGAGGUGCGACCCGUUUUCAGCGGAGCUAUUUACUGUUCAGUCCUCAGCUAGAUCAGUUCCUGUGCUUUGCAAUUCCACUGUCCCAGCAAAUUCUUCUCAGUCAAAGACACAAGUGGAAGAUUUCUGUUCUGAAGUAUGGAACACAUGCAAAGAUGUACCCAUAGUGAAUUCUCCAUUUUCCCCUUCAUUACAAGGUCAAGCAGGAGCACCAGCUCACGCCAAUGCUACCAAACUCACUGAUUUGUGGCAGUCCAAAACAGACUUCUGCACUUCAUUUGGUGGAGCAUCUGAUAAUUCAUCAGUAUGCUUUGAAGGAGAACCUGUUUCACUGAAUAAAACUGAGACCUCUAUAACUCCUCCUCAUGGCUUGUGCCUCGAGAAAAUUGGUAAUGGAUCUUAUCUCAACAUGGUGCCUCAUCCUGAUGGCUCUAACCGGGCAUUCUUCUCUAACCAAAUGGGCAAGGUUUGGCUGGCAACUCUUCCGGAAGAGGGAUCGGGAGGAACAUAUGAACUUGAUGAAUCAAGUCCUUUUGUUGAUCUAACUGAUCAAGUUUACGUUGAUACUCAAUUUGGAAUGAUGGGCAUGGCGUUUCACCCAGAUUUUGCUAAAAAUGGACGAUUCUUUGCUUCAUUUACAUGUGAUAAGUCCAAGUGGUCUGGAUGUAAUGGAAGAUGUUCUUGUAAUUCAGAUGUUAAUUGUGACCCAUCGAAGUUAGAAACUGAUCAUGGUGCCCAACCAUGCCAGUAUCAAACUGUUAUUGCAGAGUAUUCUGCUAAUAGCACUGGAUCUCAGCCUUCCUCGGUGGCAAGUGCUAAACCAACUGAGGUGAGAAGAAUAUUUACCAUGGGGCUCCCGUUUUCAUCUCAACAUGGUGGUCAAAUACUCUUUGGACCAGAUGAUGGAUACUUAUACUUAAUGAUGGGAUAUGGAGGGGGUCAAGGUGAUCCUUAUAAUUUUGCACAAAACAAGAAAUCAUUGCUUGGAAAGAUUAUGAGGUUUGAUAUCGACAACAUCCCAAGUGCAGCAGAAAUUAGCAGACUUGGACUUUGGGGUAACUAUUCCAUUCCAAAUGACAAUCCAUUUAGCGAAGAUAAUGAUCUGCAGCCUGAAAUAUGGGCCUUGGGAAUGAGGAAUCCUUGGCGCUGUAGUUUUGAUGCAGAAAGACCUUCCUACUUCUUGUGUGCAGAUGUUGGACAGGAUCUUUAUGAGGAGGUGGAUCUCAUCACAAAGGGUGGAAACUAUGGAUGGCGUGUAUACGAGGGCCCUUAUCUGUUCCAGCCUACACAAUCACCUGGAGGAAAUACUUCCGUGAAUUCCAUAAAUCCAAUUUUCCCAGUAAUGGGAUACAACCACUCUGAAUUAAACAAGAAUGAAGGAUCAGCAUCCAUCACUGGAGGAUAUGUCUAUCGAUCUACCACUGAUCCUUGCAUGACUGGAAGGUACUUGUAUGGAGAUCUAUACGCUGGUGCAAUUUGGGCAGCCACAGAGAACCCAGAAAACAGUGGAAAUUUCAGCACCAGCAGAAUUUCUUUCAGUUGUGCACGUGAUUCUCCUAUACAGUGCCAGUCUUCACCUGGAAACUCUCUUCCUGCUUUAGGCUACAUCUUCUCAUUUGGUGAAGAUAACAACAAAGAUGUUUAUGUCCUUGCAAGCACCGGCGUCUACCGAGUUGUUCGGCCAAGUCGUUGCAGUUAUGCUUGCUCGCAGGAAAAGGCCACAACCACCACAACACCAACACCUUCUCCUUCUCCUUCCCAUGCUUCACGUUGGAGUGUCUUCUCUCAGUAUCUGCUUUUGCAAUGUUCAUUUUUGUUGCUGAUUUUGUUGGAUUUUAUGUAGGGUGAUGUUAUGAUCAUUGUACAUUAUGUAGGAGUGGAGAUUUUAAGAGGAUGUUUGCAAUUUCUUCUGGCUUUUCUUCAUCUGGGUUUCUUGCUUUUGCUUUAAUAAAUGAGAUAACUGAGCUGAGUUACUGAA